GGGAGAAACCUGUGGGAAGUCACGCUUUCAGUGCUUUUUAUUUUUCUCUUGAGAUGAGAACUUUUUACGUAAAGACAACAAGCUUUUGACCGUGAUAGUCAAACGAGAAAGCUGGAUUCUCUGGUGAAAGAAACCAAGGUAUAGUAAUUAUCUUCCUGUUUUCUUUGUAGAACGAGCUGUAGAUGUGGGUCGUCAUUAGAGACCACUGGCCACGGUACUGAUUAAGCAGUAUAGACAGACAUUACUGGAGGCAAUAUAAUAUCAGUUUCAGUUCAGUUUCAGCCGGUGAAUGUCCGUUGGACGCAGGCCUUCCCCAUUGACUUCCAACGGACCGCGUUGUUUGCGCGAUACGGUGUCAGUCAAGUUUACGUACUGUUUAAAAAACUCGCAAUCGUGUAUUAUCAAGUUUAAAAACCUUACAAUACACGACUGCGAUUUUUUUGAACGGCUUCAAAAUCUCUGAUAUAGAUCAACCCAUUCUUGCACUAAUAUUUAGAUUUGGGGUUACUGUGGUCUAAAAAAUUGAACCUAAAGUUUAGCCGUGUCUUUAUCACACACAAAGGCACUCAUUAAACAUUAAUUUCUUUUGUUUUUUCUUUAUGAAUUAUUAAUGAGAUUUUAAAGAAACUGUCCAAGUCGUCCCUCCAUCUCGUCCUUGGUCUUCCUCGGUUCGUGGUGUGUCCUAGUGGCGUUCAGAACGUAAUGCGGGUUGUCCAACAGUUGUCUGUUCUUCUCGCUGCAUUACCUAGUCUGCUACACAGCCGUUUUUAUUGUCGUCACGCAAUGCUCCUCCCCAGCGUUGCGUAAAGGCACUAAAAACGGCUGUGUAGCAGACUAUACAUUACCAGCCUUCAAUAUGAAAAGCGCAGGGGAUGAUCGUAGUCUGGUUUAGGGUGUAAAUUUUCUACACAUUAGUUUCACUUAGUCUGUUCACGACAGAAACGACAAUAUGUCGUUUAAAAGCAGGAACUGAAUGCGAUGUUACUUUACAUUGCAUAUCAUAUGGUGUACUGGACACAAAUUCAUUACAGGACUCAAUGUACGGCUUAAAGUCAUAUCUGACAUCGGGUAAAUUGAUAUCUUAGUUAACUGGAGAAACGGGGGAGGGGGAAGGGGGUGUGAAGAAAGAGGCGUGCUCCUCCCCAGUACCACGCUAGUCUCGCUUUGCUCGCCUAUUUUUUGCACCUAGUUGUUUGCUAUCCGCCUCUUUUUUUUACCCAGUGGCCUGGUUGCGGGAUAAUAGUUCAAUCGUUAGCCUUUCGUAAUUAUUGAUUUUUGUGAAAAUGACGUUUUUUCAUUUCUAAUUUACAUUAGUAACCUGGGAUACAAGAUGGGCGUUGAAAUCAAGGAGCGAGAGACUUGGUCUUCAAAGUUGGAUUGCCUUCUCGCUUUGAUGGGUUUUUCCAUCGGUCUCGGUAACAUAUGGAGGUUUCCUUACCUGUGUUUUAAAAAUGGUGGAGGUAAGUGGAGAAUUAUGGCCAUAUGAUGAAUUUUGAAUUUACAUAUUCGGUUAACUUACAAAAAAAUAAAAUGAGGAGGAAAUGUAUUUUCUCCGUAGCCGUGUAGAAAAAAUAAAUAUUGAAAAAAUAUUUUAAUUGUGGUUUGAGGCCAUUUGAAAUAAAAGCUGCACUGGAGUUCCAACAAGAAGCUCAAAUGCUGAUUUCUGUGCUGGUUUCCACCAUUAAUGAAAAUCUGUUAGAAUUUUCAAGAAUAGAUAUAUAGUAAUGCAUACCCCUGCCUCACCCCCCCCUCACCCUAGAAGCUUACACUUUCCGUGUUUAAUGUUUGGAACUCGGUAGCCAUCUAUACCUUAGAUCCAGGUCUGAAGAGAUCCCUCCCUCCACAGUGGAAACCUCACCGGAGCAGAAAUAUCGCGGCCGAUUCGUUCUGAAAAUCAUCUUGAUGAUGACGAUGAUGAUUAUCGUAAACAGAGAGGCAAACUCGGUGUUCCAGAUGUAGAACUGUGCCUUACUAGUAUUCAAAGGGUCAAGAAUUGCCUGUGUUAGUUGUGCAGAAUACAUAUGAUCUACAGAAGUAAAAAGAAUAUAUGACAUCAUCAUGUCCUAAAUAAGGUCAUGAUUCAUACAACUGAACAUAAACAAUGACAUAAACCAUCUUAAAAUAACCCAAAACCUCUCAAGCGGUUAUACUAGUCUCAACGCCACGUCCGCCAGGUUGGUUGGUGUCUCAGAACAAUAGCACGGCGGCCAUGGGAGUAGAACUUUUCUCUCAUGUAAAAUCUUUUCUUUGUCUCAAUAAAUUUGCAUAGCUGUUUCCCACGUGAGUGAAAAGGCUCUGUAGAGCGUGGGUUAAUUUAUGAUGCCUAUUCAUGAUGUGAUGGGCGCUAAUGUAAUCCUGGGCAAAUUAAUGAGUUAGCCGUGGAAAAAAAGAUUACUCUUUACGGGUGUCCUAUACAGCUGGUCCGUUUCUGGGUAUCGAAACUAAGACCUUUCAUGCUACAUUUCAGCGAUUCAAUGUUUGUGCCAUCUAAUCUCAUUCUUGUGAGAGCCGCCACAUGACGAUUAAAGCCACUGGAUAACCUGGUUCCUCCUUAAUAAUAUAUAACAAUUAUUCAGCGAAGUGGAGGUGAUUAGUCGUGAUUAUUUACCGAGCUGCGAAGCCGCGAGGUAAAUAUUCACGACUAGCCACCGACACUGAGGUGAAUAAUUGUUUUAGUAUAUACUAAAACAGUGAGAUAAUUGAGCAAAAAAAUGAUGAUUGUUAACGCAAAUACUGUUGCCAACGAUUACAAUUUUGGCGCGUAAUGACCGAACGGCCGCGGCCGUCGCUUUUUCUUGCCGACAAAUAAAACUUUUGAAGGCAUUUGUUUAGCUCUUGCGGGGAAAUUUCUUCAAAAGGAGUUGUGAAUUCUUUUUGUAUUUAAAAUCAUUCUGUAAAAAAAGAUUAUUAAAUUUAGUUUUAAGCUUAUUUAUGAACAAGUCAACUAAAUGAAGUAACGCAAGACUUAAAGCUUAAUUUGCAUUUGUAAACAAAAAACUUUUAUACCGGUUUUAUCGAUAAAUUUGAGUCAAAAAGACAAAGCUUCACCUGUUAAAACUUCCAAAGCGAACUUCGUUACCUUCUUUGUGUAUUUCGGGAACAGCUUGCUUGAUUAGUUGUGAAAUUUCUUUGUUUGUUACGGCAGCAAACCGGGAAGGCAAAUUGCUCGCAACUUACGCGAGUUUGGCGUCGCUCGCUUGGAGGAACUGGAGGUGAAUCAGUGAAUAGUGCAGGAUAUUCACUGAUUGAGUAGCCAAUCAGAGCGCGCGAAAAACGCUAUCCACUGUUUUAGUAUAUACUAAAUAGAUUUAGCCAGGGCUAAAACGAAGCUCUCUAUAAUUUUUAUAGUUUGCUCACACAAUAUAUAAAAUCGUUAAUGCUAAGCGGCGAAGGCAACGAGAACGGUAAAAAAACAACAACAACAACAAUAGGUCUAAUUAGCAAAAAAGCAACUUUGCACGUGCAGCACACUUUUUUUGUACAUUUCUUUGCCGUUGUUUUGCACAACUGUUACGUGAAACUUCCACAAACUUCCCAGUUACACGUUUUAUGGAGGGAAUGUCGGACGUGUUCUUGUUCACUCUUUUUUCACUGUCGCUCAUUUUCACCCCAGUGGCCGCUAGCAUCCCGCCACUUCAAAAUUUCAUGUUGUUCCUCCAACAGAAAAUGUCUCCUUUUGUUUUUUCUCUCUCGCUGUAGCUGCUUUUCUCGUUGAGCUUUGCUGGCCUGUCGACCUACUUUCUCUUUUUCUCUGUCUUUCCCUUUCUCUUUUAGUAUUCCAAACUUGUUGACAAGACAAUUAAUUUAAGCUUAAUAUAUACUCAAAAAAUAAACAAAAAAAAAAACCCACUGAUACAGAAACAUUUUCCGCUUUCCGUUCUCGUCUUUAUUGACUCCUUAGGGACGUACCAUUAGAGAAGUUAAUUGGGGGGGGGGGGGAAUUUUCGAACCGCAGGAAUUUUUUUUCGUUAUCAAAUUCCUGGUAUGAAUUUUUUUUGGGCCAUAGCAUGAAUAUUUUUUAGGAUUAAUUGGCAUGCAAGAAUUUUUUUCAUUUAAUUUUCCCUUGCACGAAUUUUUUUUUCUUCGCUCCCCCCCCCACCCGAUAAGUUUUCUAAUGGUCCGUCCCUUAGUUGUGUCUGCUUCACGAGACGCGGGUGGCCAUACGCUUUUCGCAAAAAUAACCUGACAUUUGGCAUCGGCUUACAUGUAGUGGGUGUACGGACGUUCGUUCGCACGCUACGUCAUAACCACAUUUUCUCGGAUGGAUAGUUUACCAAAUUUUCUUACCCAUGGUGCUCCGCUGGCGCGCUUGCGAGAGCUCCGCAAUAUUAAGGCACUCUAUAUGCUCCAGGGAUACUCUCAAGGCCUUAUACGCAAAAUUGUUUUAGCCAUGCCUUAUGCAUCAUGAAGUAUGGGGUGGCUUUUGUGCGAAAGGAAAUUAAUUACUCAACUAAUCUGUGGGUAACUUCAUAUUUGCAGGUUGUUUCCUCAUUCCCUACUUGCUUUGUUUGAUUGUGGCUGGUGUACCCGUUUUAGUGAUGGAGAUUGGUCUGGGGCAAUACACGAGUCAAGGUGGAAUCACGGCUUGGAAAAUUUGUCCACUUUUCCAAGGUAAGAACAAUUCAACCGUAACCUCUUGAGUAGAGACGUUUGCUGGACAACUGAGAAACGUCUUGUGUUCUCGGAUAUUUUGUACAUAGUAAAAAAAAAACCCUAGCCGGGCAUACUUCUCAGGAAUAACCUAUCUAAAAUAUUUAAUUUAAAUAUGAAUAGCCCACUUUCGACAUAUUAAAAUUCCAACAUGCCUCUGAGGCUUUAGGGUCAAAAUUGCAAAUUUUUCACGACUCCAUUGUCUCGCAAUUCCCAGAACAGAUUUGAGCACAAAGAAAACCAGCCAAAUAUAGAAAUAUGACCAGAAAGCGCCGGAGUCAUGUUAGAAUAGACCUCAAUCACGAUACCCUUCAUCUUUGCACGCGCUUUAGGAUUGAUGAUAUGAAAGCAAUGUCACGUGGUAUUUCAGGGAGCAAACAAGUGUUAAAAUUUGCCGAUACGAGUAAUCGAGGUCAAGUUUGGUUAUCCUCUCAAAACGAUAAGGCAAUUUUAAAUUUGCAAAAUGUACCGUUCAAGUACCGACAAGUUUCAUGUCAUUAUUGCUUGCUGUGAGGACAUCUACGGUCGCCACUGCAUUGAAAAAAUAACAACGAUCACUUCUACCCAUAAUUUGCCAUAAUUGUCUUUAAGAUAAAAAUAUAUUUAUAACACAACCGCGAUUUCUUGUAUUGGCAGGUUUCAUCUCUCGUUUGCCCCCUGACAAACCACGUGACAUUGCUUUUAACUCAUCAGCCCUUAUGCGCGUGCAAAGAUGGCGGGCAUCGUGAAUAAGGUCUAUUUUAAUAUAUCGAACGUGGGUUAUUAACCGACCCUUAAUAGACCAUUUAAGAUAUAUUAUAAUUCAUACUUGGCUAGAAGACUUAGGGGAGUAAAACAAAAGAAAUCGUCUCGACGCUCAGCAAUGAAUAAUGCAUUUUCUUUGUCUUAUUCCUCCAAGCCUUGAAGCCAAGUUUGAAUUUUACUGUAUCGAAAAAAGACCUAUUACUGUGAUCAGGUAAUUUCAAGUACUUGGGGUGCAAGGUUGUCCUUGAGCUUUGCUGCGGAAGGAGCAGAUUGACCAGACCUCGAAAAAAAAAUUCACCGGUGAGGGUGCUUAAAAUAUUAAUGACUCGGGUCAAAGCUCGGCGAGUAUUUUUUUUAUAUCAUUCUGAUGAGCACAGUAGUUUAUUAUUAUUUAUUUUACAUGUUCAUGGUUUGGGAGGACAUGGAUGGACAACACUGUAAACAUGAACAAUUUAAUACUUAUGAUACACAGGGAUGCCCAGAGAAUUAUAUUAGACCGUUCUCUCCAUUCAUCCGCUACCAAUGAGCCUGAGGUUUGGACUGGUUUUCCCUCGACGCGCGCUUGCGCGCUUUACCACCAUAACCUCUGAUAUAUGUUUUGAAUUGCGUCAAUGAGAUACUAACCCACAGGCUGGAUUUAUCGGGUGAAAAAGAUGACCAUCACUAAAAAGCAUGACAAAGAGAUGACCUGAUAUCGUCCCGUGCAAAGAGAACAUUAUCAUUCGUUCUAAAAGAAUUAAUAAUAUUUGUAUCUCAAAAAAUCGCUUUGCGACUUUAAACGGAGCUCUAUGGGUAAGAAAGUUUGGUUAUCUAUACAUGCAAGAAAUUUGGUGCUGACCAAAAUCAUUGCGUACUUACGUCCGUGCGUCCACCCCCGUAUAGAGUCCAAGGCAUAUACUAUCAGGUAUUUGCUAAUACUUGGUAAUAAACAUCCAUGUCAUGGUCAAUUGACAGCUGUCCAGAAAGGUAUCUGCUGACCAGUGUGACGUGACUAUAUCGCGGGCUCUGGUACAUAAAACAUUGAGGUGACUUUUUUAAAAGUUAUUCUCUGACCAGUUUUUGGUUUUCACUUGAUCGCGGAGUCAGGUCCAUAUUUUAAAGGUGGAAUUCAGUUUGCUUCCUGCUUACGGCAAAAGAUGCAUUAUUAAAGGAAGAGAUUUCUUCAAGUUCCCUCGAGAGCUUCGCUUUUGGCCUUUGCUAAAUCUAUAUAUCAAACGCAUUUGUAUGUAGAAUCAGUUCUUAAGAUUUGGAAGCCAUUUAGCUUUUUGAGUAUGCUUUUGGUUUAUCACUAUUUGCUUUUUGAAAAGAUAGAAAAUGGCGCCAAGAGGGUUAAAUUUCGGUAAAUUUGGAAUCGUAUCAUAUUGAUUUAGAAAGCUCGUUUCAAGUUAUUUUACUAAGGUUUUAUUUUCAUACCAGGAAUUGGCUAUGCCGGUGUGCUUGUAAUGCAGUAUAUCAACAUUUACUACACGGUGAUUCUUGGCUGGGCUUUGUUUUACAUGUUUGCUUCAUUCCAGUGGACUCUUCCAUGGUCUCGAUGUGGUAAUGAGUGGAACACGCCAAACUGUGUGGAUUACAAUAGUAAAGGAGAAAGUCAACAAGAUUCGCAAGUAAAUGACACCAUUAGGAACCUCACGACCAUUCUUGCCAAAAGAACAGUAGCAAAUGGCUCAAAAACUAUACCAGCAAGCCAGGAAUAUUGGGAGUAAGCAGAAUUAAUUUUUUUAACAGUACAGUUUGUAGUUAAGACUUCGCACUAUUGGGACUCAAGCGUUUGAUUCUCGACAGAUCUCUUACAAGUCCCUGUCAUCUUCCUGAUGUUGUUUUGAGCACUUCUGACUAGCCAGCAGAACAGGCGUAGAGCAUGAGGCACGCGCGACAAGGGAAGGCGCCUCCCUUCUUCGAGCGUGUCUUUUCACUUUCCGUCCACUUCUCGCUUGCCUUUACUCUCCUGAAGAAUGUGAAAAACCAACGCCUGUUCCAUAGGCUAAGUUCUGACGGACGUUCGCGCUCCACCAAUCCUGUUAGCAUGAACUCAAUUAUUUACUGUCACGUGUUUUACCCGACCAAAAAAGAUAUGAUUCAGUUUAUCCCCGACAAGUCAAUUUCCUGAUUCCUUUCUUUCUUUUCGAGAUAGCAAAAGUUGCGUCUAAAACUGCUAUAAUAUUUUUUUCUUUCUCUUAGGAACAGGGUGUUACGCAUCUCUAAUGGUUUGGGCGAACCAGGACCAGUGAACUGGGAUCUGGCCUUAUGCCUGUUGUUGGCUUGGAUAAUCUGCUAUCUAUGCGUGUGUAAAGGAGUCAAAUCAAGUGGAAAGGUGAGCAAUCACAAGGCUACAAACUUGCUGUUCCGAAGAUAUCGUGGGUGGCAGGCACUCCCUCACAAUCAUGGCAGCUUAAUUUUUUGAAUUUUCUGUCUCGACCAGAUCCUGCCCUCGGUUUCGUCGACGAGAGAUCCGGGAACAAGGUUAUAUUCAUUGCUCAGGAACGCGAGUCAAAAUAGCGUCUCGCUUCUCGAAAGUUAUGCGAGACGAAAUUUAAGUGAUAAAUGUACAAAAAGGUACCAUGAAAGCGACUAAAUUUGGUUGUCGGUGUUUACUGGUGGGUAGAAAUUUAUUUUCUUACUGAAUUGCAGCAAUAUCCAAAAAUGUACUUGACAAAAUGUCUGAAAUAUUUGUAAACAAAGCUCUUAUUAGGGACGUCUUUUAUUGACAAAAAAAAAAUACGUUCACUUUAAACCAUCUGCUUUGAUAUGUAUUAGAGAGGUUAAGGUUGUUUACCAUUUAAAAAAGGAUUCGGGAAAAUCCGAUUGGAAAGUAUUAAAUGGAACAUGACUUUUUUGGUCGUUCUAGCGGACAAUUUCCGGGAGCAACGGAACAUCUGAAAAGGUAGUCCUGUUUUUCCGGACGGAAUAUUCCAAACAGAAAUUCGUGUUCCAUUUCUUCAAAGCCAUCUUUGAUACCAGUUUCAGGCCUUCGCAGUCGUUUUCCCAACCCGAUAAAUGGAACUGAUUCGUACAAGUGGUAAACGCGAUUCCGGGGCGAAAUUUACCAGUCGUGACUUUUGCGUACCAUUUGCCUAAACCGUGGACCGACCGAUUUGUCCAUGUAAAUGGUAAACAACCUAAGAUUCACGUUUACGCCAAACGGCAAAGGUGAAUUAGUACUACGUGACCAAGUUUUCCCCUUAAUUGUCGUUUACUGUUUAUUACUUCAACACAAAAAUAAGUAGAGUAGUUUCACGCCAGUUUUAUCCAUAAGAAUUGUUCUGGGACAGCUUUUAUCUGCUUAUUUUCUAUUCUGAGAAAUUCUCAACUUGAAUCUGACGUUUGCUGUUUGCCGUAAACGUGAGUCUUAAUCUCUCUAUUAACACAAGUCUCUCCCCUUGGGUCGUUGCAUAGUGCUAGAUAUAAACCACUACUUACUUCUCCCUUGGGGAAUGGUCGUAUAUUACUGGCUGCAACUAUCUAACUGUUUAGGUGACGUACUGCAGUGCAAUCUUAAAGCUCUGUUAUAAGCUGAACUUUUUAUCUUCUUUCCUUUUCGUUGUCAACAGCAACAACAACAAUAACAACCAACCAUUUUAUUUGCCAACUUAAGGAACGUUUACAAAAAAGUGAAUAAAUUAAACCAGCUCAGGCAAAAAAACUACUCAGAAUAGUAAAAAAAAAGAAACUAAACAAGCUGAGUUACAUUUCGCUCUGAUCUGUCCCUUGAAUUUGUGCUUAGAGGAAUGACCAAGAGAAUGCUGCUUGUUUCCUUCUCUGUUUUGCUCUAUCUUUUAAUCUUAACCUUUUGUAUUGACUUUUGGUUAAACUUUUCUCUCAAUAUUUUUCCCCAAAGUGCGACUUGGUUUGAGUUUGACGAAUAUUUUACUCUUGUAGCGUUGAUUGCAGCAGUAAAAUAAAGUUUCAUACCUUGUCAGGUUUGGAUUGAUGCUGGUACUCAAGUUUUUUUCUCGUAUUCCAUUGGAAUGGGAACCAUGACUGCAUUAGGAAGCUACAACAAGUUCAAGAACAACUUCUACAGGUACAAGAGUACUUCGUCACCAUUAACCUUUUCUGCUUAGUUUUCAAUUCCUCGCGAUCGUACGUAAUUGGAUAUCACUUUUAAUAAUAAUAAUAAUAAUAAUAAUAAUAAUAAUAAUAAUAAUAAUAAUAACAAUAAAAUUAACGGAUACAGAAAAAAUUUCCGCUUUCCGUUUUCGUCUUCAUUGACUCUUUCGUUGUCUCUGCUUUACAAGACGCCGGUGGCUAUGCGAUUUCCCGCCAAAAUAAGUUGCAUUUCUGUUGCCAUACCUGUUGAUUGAGUUAUUUUACAUUAGUAUGCCUGUGUUGCGGACGGACGGUCUCUCGGGCGGUCGGUCGGUGGGUGUAUAGUCACGUGAUUACCAAAUUUUCUCGUAUGGGUAGAUUACUUCAUUUUCUUACCCAUGGUGUUCCGCUGGCGCGCUUCGCGCGCGAGAGUUCCGCUAUAAAUCUCUUUUUUUUCUACAGAUUUUUAAAUAUUUUUCCUCAAUAGUUUAGGCCGUGACACUUUGGGCUUGUUGCGAGUGAACUAUUUUCAGGCAUUGUUUUUCUCGAUAUGCCUACAGCACGCAUGUCAGAGUUCGAUUUCACGUUUUGUAGAAGAUUGAACACAAGACAAUGAUCCUCUAAUUCUUUUUUUUUGCAACCUACGUAAAAUCCUUUUAGAAUUCAACUUCAUAAAAAUCAACAUUUGACAAAUCUGGCAGCCUUCGAUUGCGCAUCGAAAGACUAUAGCGAGGAAAAACGAGAUGUAGAACACUUUGCUGACUAAUCUCAUAUUUACCUCAAAAGCACAGUUUUUGUAGGGUAUUCGCACCAUUCUCACGUUCUUCUCUCUGCCCUUGAUUUGCAGCGGGGCGGAGCUAAGACACUACCUCAAAAUACGUUAUUGUUUCACUCGACCCAGGAAACUAUCUACACGCUGUUCUAAGGCCCGUUUCAAACAUCCUCAAGACUUUUAACCAAAAGGUGCUCAUAUAGGCAAACUUCGUACUUUCUGAACAAGGCAUGGAGACCGCUGGUUUUAUCCGAUUCACGUAAAUGUUGCCUCUUAAUAAAGCUGAAAGCGCCUACAGUUUGUCAAAUUUUUAUCAAAUUUGGGUUGAUAUGCACUUUAACCUGGAUUGCGGAAUAGGAGAGUUUGAAAAAGUACACGUAACCUAAAUUAAAGCCUUUGCGUGAAAAUGGAAGAAUUUGACAAUUAAACAGGGUUUUACGAGGAUGGGAUCCACUUGUUUUGUGUCGCUCUCCUCAAUCUUCCCACCGCAUUUCUUAAGAAUUUAAAGUUUUUUUUUGUUGGUGCCUGAAACUAAGAGUUUGAAGUGUGUCGUCACGUUUCCAUGGUAAUAACCUCAUUAAACCUAAAUAGGAGGGUCAGAAUAACCCAUUAUUCUCUCUCGACCCAUAGUUAAUUGAGUGGAAUGGUUAUGAAACCCGUCAGACUCCUUUGUUAUAUGUUUUUCUGGACCUGAAAGUGCACAACGUUCAAACGAAUUCCUAUCAUUUUGAUUGUAUUGACCAAUAAAAACGUUGCAUUAAUUUAUUCCGUAACAAUUUGCCAACAGAAAACAAAGGAUUGUGCACUUUCAUGGUGCUUCCAACAUAAACUGCAGCACUGUUGUUUUUAUCAUUGAUGUUUGCCGCUUUUCAUAACCAGUCUCCUCUAAUAACUAUGCUCGACCUAACCACGCAGGCGUCAGUUGUUCAACUGGAUAAAUCUCUAUCCAGUGCAACUGGUUUUCUUAACAUUCAUCCACUGGAUUGCUGGUUUGCGCGUGACGUCACGGCGGCCAUGUUGGUGGUCAAGAACAAAAGCAUUUCUCUCCUCUGGGAACUAAACCAUUUUCUUCUUCGAACAACAAACAAGAAUAGGGCGCUAUCCAUCUUCUGAACAACCGACAACCGGGGGCCUGUGUCUUGGCGUCCCUAUGUGCUGCUGAAUCAGGCAGUUUCUGAUUGCUAUCAUAAACAGUAUAGCCAUAAACUUAUUAUAUAGAUUUAGCCAGGGGUAAAAGCGACGCUCUCGAUAAUAUUUUAUAGUUUGCUCAAACAAAAUAUUAAAUCGGGUAAUACUAAGCGGCGAGGGCAACGAGAACAGUGAAAAAACAUCAAUAGGUCUAAUUAACAAAAAAGCAACUUUGCACGUGCAGCACACUUUUUUUUUGUACAUUUCUUUGCCGUUGUUUUGCAAAACUACAACCUGAGACUUAAAGAAAAUUCCUAGUUACACACGUUUUAUGGAGGAAAUUGUUCACUUUUUUUUCACUGCCGCUCAUUUUCACCUUCAAUCGGCCACAAAAUUGUUGAGACAUUGUAUUCAAAUAGGUUAACUUUGGAGAACAAAAGAAUCCGCACCCCUCCCCUGUCCCCUCCAUUAAAAGUUGGGGUGUCUGUUGUUUUCUAUAGGUAGCUCGAACAUCGGCACAACAUUGCAUGGACGGGAUGGGGGAGCAAAAGCUAUAUUUCCUCCUUUUGAAGUUUGUAAAACCUAAAAAAGCCAAGUUUUGGGAGAAGUAUCUCAACUCAUUUUGUCGCCGAUUGUUGGUGGCCGCUAGCGUUUUUCAUUUUCUCACCGCCGCUACAAAAUUUUCACGUUGUUCUUCUAACAAAAGAUGCCUCUUUUUUAAUCUCUCGCUCUAGCUCUCUGUCGCUCUUUUUCUCGUACUAGACAACACAGACAAAGAAAGAAUUUCUCUUUCCGUUUUCGUCUUUAUGGGCCAUUUGCACGAUGGCGUCAUUUUACUACUAGGACCAGAAUCCUUUUCGUUAUUCUUUUCAUAUUUAAAUUUGGUAAUCCCAGCGAGAUUUAAAUGGCAGAAGCCGUAAUUUGCACGAGAAAGGAAAACCCUGAAAGAUUUUGGUCGUAGUAAUAAAUGCAUGAUGUCAUCGUGCAAAUAGCCUAUUAGGGAGCUUAAGUACUUCGACGACGACCACAACGACGACUUAAAAAGACAAUAGGUUUAAUGAUCAAAACAACAGCUCUGCACGUGCAUCACGCUUUUUAGUAAAUUUCUUUGACGUCCACUGAACGACUACGACGUUAAACCUCCUUAUUUGACGUUUUAUGGAGGACGUGGACAUACAACGACGAAUUUUCCUUCCUCUUUUUGAACCUGAAUAAAAUCCUUAAGAAUUCAACCCCAGGAAAAGUCGCCUGUAUUUGACAUAUUAAGCGGGUCCAGAUAGACGCGAUUAAGUUUGAAAGAACGCAAAUUCAUUUUUUAAAAGUAAGUUUUCGCUGCCUUAGUCGUCGUCUUUGGUUAAGGUCCCUAUGACUCUUUAGUUGUCUCUGCUUCACAAGACGCGGGUGGCUAUGCAAUUUCCCGCCAAAAUAACCUCGAGUUGCAUUUGGGUUGCCAUACCUGUUGAUUAAGGGUGUGUUCCUUUCGGUGAAUCCAAAAACGGAUUUUUGAUCUAGUGAAUCCUUUUUGAAAAAGGAUGCAUUGGAUUUGAAAUCCGAAGAAUCCAAAUACAAAUUAACGGAUUAGUGAUCUACGCUGUUCCAUUCGCAGUGGAUCCGAAAUUAGUCAGAUGAUCUAGCGGUAUUUCCAGUUGAAGUAUUCCCAUAGAGGCCGUAGAGUUUCCUCGUUGCUGUCAUUUGCCGCAAAACAUCUGAAAACAUUAGAAGAUUGUUCCUGGUACAUUAAAAUAUCCAUAUACUAACCAUUUGUCUCUAAAGAUUGCUUGAAAUCAGAAAUAAGUAAAAGUAACAAAUGAACUGCUAUCUAACUACAAACUCGCUUGUAGACGCGACAGGCACUCGAUCGUGUUACAUACAAAAAUCCGAGCUAUGUAACUGGAUCAAACUGGCCGAUAUUCUUUAGAUAAUUUUCAAUUUUAAUGCGCUUCUUUCUUUGUCUGUUUUGAAUGUUCCAUCGUCGCUAUUCGAACUGCCGACCACUAAAUUUUGCACGGUAUAAUCGCAUAAUUUGUUAAACAGUAGAAAACACGUCAUUUUUUGAGAAGCUGUCGUGCAUAUUGCACGUGUUGGCGAAAGGUUACCAAGGUUACAAAUCCAAUUUCGGAUUUCACGUUCCUUUCGACCGCGAAAUCUGGCAAAUCUAGGAUCAAAAAUCCGUUUUUGGAUUCGCCGAAAGGAACACACCUUAAGUUAUUUUACAUUGGUAUGCCUGUGGUGCGGACAGGCGGGUGGACUUCAGUCACUUGAUUACCGUUUUCUCGGAUGGGUAGAUUACCACAUUUUCUUAGGUACUAUGGGGCUACGCUUGCGCGUGGAACUCCACUAACACUUGUAGGGUUGGAAGACUUAAAGGAAAAUGAUCAUGCAUUAGCUCACCACUCAUUUAACUUUUGACUCGAUAAGGACUCUGUUUUCCUGAAUUUUGUGUAGGGAUUCCAUACUAUUCACGGUUUUCAACAGUGGAACAAGUCUCUAUGGAGGCUUUCUGAUCUUCUCGGUGUUGGGGUUUAUGGCCAAGAGACAAGGCGUAGAUGUACAAGACGUUGCUCAAUCAGGUGAGAAUUAGGAAAAAAAAAUCGGCUUCACAUAUAGCCGCCUUGAGAUCAAGGCUGAGUUUACAAUGUGCUGGAUAGCUGUUCGUGCCGACUCGAAAAGCUACCCUGUAUAGUAUUAACACCUAUCCGAUAUGUGACUCUCCACUUUAGAGAUCGGCGCGGCCCAGCUUCGCUUCGUUACAGAAAUCGCGCCGAACUCAGCGCUCUUAUGUGUAAACAGAAGCCUUAUCUGGUGUGGUAUUCCUGUGGCUGCAAAAGCUAUUUUCUAUAGUGUGAACAUAGCCCAAAUGUGUUAUGAUAAUGACGAUUUCUCUCUGCAGGUCCAGGCCUUGCUUUUAUAGUUUAUCCUGAAGCAGUUGCCCAGAUGCCAUUAGCUCCACUGUGGUCCGUGUUGUUUUUCUUCAUGUUGCUUUUGCUUGGUCUGGAUAGCGAGGUAAACGAAUGUGAACUAUUUGUUUAGCACGUUACACAUGUAUAUCUUUAUGUUUAAAAUAGGAAAUUUAUGCCUUUCCCUAACCAUUAUUGUCCGUUCUAAUAGUUAUCUAGUUAUUUUUGGUUCAGGGCAAAAUGAUGUGUUUAUUAAAUUGAUACCCCCAGGGGUUGUAUGGUUACUCACGUGAUGUACUACGUUAUACAACGAGGGAUACCUUCUGUGAAACGUACACAAAAUAUUGAAUCUUUGAAUCACGUAAUUGCUACGUGAUCCUAAUGUAGUUUUAAAGUGCAGUAAGACGCAGAUUCAAGCUAGCAAAAAGCCGUUUUUAAUAGCUGUUUGUGACUGCUUGAAAAACUUAAAUCUGGCCGGUGAAAAAUUACUUUCACUGGCAGGUCUCUCGUCCCAUACAACUUCAAGGUCACUUGACCCCCCUAAGUUACCAUAGUGACACUGCUAUCAUACAUUUUUGCCAUCUACACAAGUGGGGCUGUCAGAAAAUCAUUAGUAGUAUUUGCCACCUCGAUCAGGUGGUGACGAUCUGCCAUUCUUCAGCACUUGGCUCAUGGACUAAUAUUGAGGACCUGAUCGCGCAAAACCAUUUCUGAGAAAAUCGCAAUUCUUUUGGCCUUCGAACAGAACUCAAAAGGUACCUGACCUAAGUUGAAAUGUAAUAAGGACGUCUGUGGAAAUCAGUGCAGAUUAAUCCCGAUACAAUGAAUCCCUUUAUCUGAACGCAGAGCCCAGUGUCAAGAUUGGUUCUCAACUGCUUCUGCUACAGAGAGAUGUAUCAGUUAAUAGGGAGCUUGAGCAACAACGACGGCGACGGCAACGAGGACGGGAAAAAAGCAAUAGGUUUGAUUAGCAAAACGACAACUUUGCACGUGCAUCACGCUUUUUUGCACAUUUCUUUGCCGUCGCUGCACGACUACAACGUGAAAGCGCCUCAAUUCGCGUUUUGUAGAGGACGCCGAGCACAAAAAAACAACUUUCUUUUUCUUUUCCUAAAACUCUGAUACAGUCUUUUGACGAAUUAAACGAGGUGGAAUAAGCGCGAUAAAGUUUGAGGCAACGCGAAUUCACUUUUUAAGUGACUUUUUCGUAAACGUCGCUGUCGUUGUUGCUUAAGCCUCCCAAUACCCCAAAGCCAAAACGUACCCUCGUUAUAAUCACAUGUUUCAAGUGCCUUGCCGUUUUCAGUUUAUCUGGGUUCUCCAAUGUACGUUCUGGUGCCUGUUUUGACUAAAACUGACAAAAGAGAUUUUGUGUUGAUGGAAAAAGUUUUAUUUCGUUUCUACCACCGCUGUUGAAUAAACGGUAUUCUGAUCGUUAGAUGGGUUGAACUCGCAAGGGCCCGCUCUUCGGGGAAGUAAGAAUGAAGGAAAUUGGAGCGUCUGAAAAUACCGCAAGGUUAAACCAUGUCCACCAUGUUGCCGUAUGAUUAUGUCGAUUAUCAGUGGACUAAACACGACCGUUUUUUAUUUUUGAUGGUGACUUUACUUCGAUGAGCGGUAAAAAUACUCAUAAACGUCUACUUUGUUCAGUUUGUAGGAAUAGAAGGUGUCGUGACGGCCAUUGUUGACUUGUUUCCACAUUUCUUCAGACGCGGUUACCGCAAGGAACUCUUCACAGCUUUUGUAUGCAUAAUGUGGUUCGUGAUUGGACUCUCCAUGGUUACUAAGGUAACACCUCAACUUGUUUCUCUCUGGUUCCUUCUAAGGAAAUUUGCGCUCUUUUACGCCUUCUUGUCGCGUUCGUCAGAACGCAUCCCAAUCUUGGUGUUCCUGUGGUUCAAAGCCACAAAUUUUCGAGAUAUUUAUGGACGACUGCCGAUUAGCCGCUCCCUCUGAUUUUAUCAGGGGCAUGCAUCUUGGCCGGGAAACUGGACUCCUUUCGACUCGAUUUCUUUUCUGUUAGUGACAAACGCGGAUCCGUAAACAAUGAUUAUCUCUAGUUAAAAGAAUACGUUAUCACAAAUCAAUGACUGAAAAUAGCAAAAAAUUAUCAAACUGCAAAGACUUCUUUCUGGCUCAAAUAAAAUUUAAGAUGAAACUCAAUUUUCGUUGGUCUAUAUAAUCAGCUCCUAAAGAUACUGCAAAGAAAAUUGCCUUCAGUUUCAUGUAAAUGCUAUAAAUAUAAUGUUAGACACUUCGUUUUAGCAGAGUGAUUUUACUUAACACGUUAAACAGAGAAUAACAAAGAAGGCAAAGAAGCUACACGUAAAUAAAAGAAGACAAUUGAAUUAGUGCAUAAAAACGAGUAGUAUUAUACUACCCAUUUCACGGGUCAAGUAAAAUCACUCUAUCUUGCAACUUACUUCCAUAAAAGGAUCAUGUAAUAUUCUGUUACAAAACAUACAAUGAAUCAGAGCCUUCUGCUGAUGCUUGUUUUCGAGAAAUGUUACUGACUUGGCGUAAACAUACAAUGGGGAAGUUGUCUAAAAAAUUUGUAAUAUUGGACUGUAAUUUGUGCUGUGCUCUUUGACUAUUUCUUGCAAACAGAAACUCGUUUAGAAAGUGAUAACCUCAUGUUAACUUGGCGCAAACAGCCUUUCCAGGCCUAUUAACGCACGGGGUUCACGCCCAAAUAGGUGCUGCGGUCAAACCUGUCUUUUAAAAGCGGCCACCCUUUGGGAAUGGCUGGCUUACUGACCUCUUAACAUUGGUUUGACAAACGUUAGAGUUAUUCAAGAAAAUGAAGGUAGUUAAAGAGCGAAAUGUUUACGCCACGACAAAUUGAACUCCACCUGUUUCUACCUCUUCUUGGGCCAAUGAAAAAAAGUUAAAUACCACUUGACGCCAUACACAGUGCGAGCUGUUGCACUAGUUUGGUACAUCUUCUCAAAGUGAUCUUUUAACAGUCAGAUCGGUUCAAACCUAAAUAAAGCGGACCUCUAUUAAACGGUCACUUAACAAAGUCCUGGAAAUCAUUUCCCUUAAUUACUGUAAAACUGACCUGUAUUAAGCGGUUGUGCUCACCUUUUCCGAGGUCCAAACGACUUAUUUUUUAUUGUCUUCACCUCCAUUAAACGCUCACUUUGGGAAGACGUACCAUACUAGUGCAACAGGUCGCACUGUGUAUGGCGUCAAGCGGUCUUUAACUUUUUUUCUUUUGGCCCACGAAGAGGUACUAGAAACAGAUGAGGGUCAAUUUGUCGUGGGAUAGAUAUUUCGCUCUUUACCUUCAUUUUCUUGAAUAAAUCUCAAGUUUGUCAGACCUGUAUUAAAAAAAACGGUCAACCUGUAUUGAGCGGUCAGUGAGCCAUUCCCAAAGGGUGACCGCUUAAUACAAGUUCCCCGUUUAAUACAGGUCAGUUUUACAGUAAUUAAGGGGAUUUCCGGGACUUUGGUAAGUGACCAGCUUAAUGUUUGACUGUACAUAUAAACUAUGAAUAUCGAUGACACAACAUAAACAAAACUAAAAACUUUUUUUAGGGUGGUAUGUACGUAUUUCAGUUGUUUGACGCUUAUUCUGGUGCUGGAACAGUCCUGUUGUUGGUGGUCCUUGGUGAAUGUUUGGCAAUUGGAUGGCUUUAUGGUAAGGAACAUACUCGCAAAGAUGCAUAACAUUUUGUAACUAGUAACCCCGCCCCCGCAAAAGCCGUUGUAAAUUACUUGCUGCAGAAGACGUUAUCUCGUUGGGGGAGGCAAGCUGAACAAAUAGGAAUCUGCUAAUCAGAAUCCUCGAAUCUUAUGAGUAUACAAGUAUCUCUGUUAUUUUUCAUGUGCGAGUCAUUACUGUUAUUGCAAACUAUCCACUGUGGGAUCAGUAUGAAGUUUGUUGAGCAACCUUGUGCUUUCUAACUUUUGAAUGUCUAAUGUGUCUCACCAAAUCUCCAGAGCAAACCUCGGUCAUUUUUUUUUUGAAAAUAUCAGCCGAAGAUCGUCAGCAGUUGAGUAAAAUGAUUUGAUAUCUUAACCUGCGUUUCAGUGAUGAGACAAUUUUUGAAAACCGUCUGAGGAUUCUUUUCAGAAUUUGCGUCUCCCAGUUAUCAACAACAACAACAACAAACAUACACUGAAGCAAAUGCAUUUGUCCUCUCGAAGAUGCGACAACCUCGUGACAAAAAAAAUUCUGAUCUCGUUAUACUUAGGUAUUAGUGUUUUACUUACUUUCGACAGGUCGUGACCGUUUCUAUAGCAACAUAGAGGCUAUGUUGGGAUUUCCCAUCAAUCCAUGGUGUGGCUGGUGCUGGAAAUACCUUUCACCAAUAUUUUGUUUGGUUAGUACAGGAUGGCUUUCUCUAAGCUUUGUAUUUAACCCCCAGACAAAACAAAGGAAAGUAAAGAAGGAGGGAGUCAUGGAUGAGAGGACAAGAGACAUGCCCUCUUUACAAUAUACACUAAGAUACGAACAGUAAGCUCGGACAUCAGCAUACAAAGGCGCCACUGGCAGCCGCCAUCAAUCCAUUUAUGAGCUUACUGUACCCACCCACCCCAUGAUGUGAAUGAUGUGUAACGGUUGGCCACGCCACCGGGAUCUACGUCCCCUAUUCUUUUCGAGCAGUGGUUCAAACGAAGAAGCAGCCAAAACGACAACAACCAAAAAUUCGGAAAGCCUGUGACUUUACUGAUGAUAAACUCUUGAUUCCUCAGAUUUCUGAAACGUGACUGUUUCACUUGUACUGACAGUAACUUUGGUGUUUUGUCAAUUUUCUCUCGUAAAUAAAAUAAAAUAAUUAGCGUACAUUUUAGUAAUAAGUUGUGAACAGUCACCUCAGUUAUCCGUGGGUAAACAAAUUACAAUUUACAAUUUUUUUUUCACAAUUCACGUCGAUCAAAAUUGUUUAAUCGAAUAACAACGUCAACAUGAAAAAGGUCCCCUCCAUCCCAAAAAAGCCGUCGCUUCUAAACUUCGACUGCGUCCUCGAUGCUCGGAACCUGAAGGUGAACCAGUGAAUAUCCCGAGUUUGAGUAGCCAAUCACAGCGCGCGAAAAACACUAUCCACUGUUUUAGAAGCUUAAAGCAUUACUUAAUCUCAGGAUUGAUUAGUGUUUACACUUUGUGGUUGGUGUUUUGGAGUGAAUUUCUCCGGCAUCUCAAGUCGAGAAAUCUAAGUAAAAUUUUGCUAUUCUUUGCUAGGCUGUAUUUGUUUUCUACAUUUCUACUUAUCAGCCACUCAAGUAUCGAGAAUACGUUUAUCCUGGGUGGGGACAGGCAGUUGGUUGGCUGAUGACCCUGUCGUCACUCUCCUUAAUUCCAACGGUGAUGAUAUACAAACUGAUCAACACCACUGGAUCAAUCCAAGAGGUAAAUAUUUGACGUUUAAUAUAGCAAUGAAAGCUUAACUGGCUAAGACCCCAUAAUUUAUCAGGGUUUAAAAAUGACAGAAGCAGUAAUAAAGGUAAAGCGUGCUUGCUCCUUAGAUGUUAGUAAGAGUUUCUUGACGUUUAAUCCGUUUAAACGGAUCAGAUAAUUGUUAGGUGGCUCUCUUUUUUCCCUCGGUAGAAUCUAUCGUACAAAGGUUAGAGGAGAAUGAGCAAAUGACAAAUACAAAUAAAUCAAAUAAUCGUAGCAAGGUUGAGAUUUCUAAUUAGUUGUAGGAGAACCAGUUGGUUAUUUACCGGUCUGGUCGAGGAGUUUUUGAUUUUUUGAAUUUUGAUUCUCACGAUGACACUGACCAAAUCGUCGUUGUUAGAAGGUAUUGUAAUUCCCUUUUUAUCUGAAAGUUAUAAAUCCACUCAUAGCAUCACAACUUAUAAAUACUUGUUUUAAAGAAAAUUUUUUUUGUUGUAUUUUGCUUCAAUUGCAGCGCCUGCGAGAACUGACGAUACCCGUUUUGUUCCAUCGCGAAGAAGACAAUGAGACUUCACACCUUAUUAGCCAAGAAAGCAAGGCCUAAUGGCUAAGAAUAUUUUACUUUAAAUGGAGUCCCCGGCUUAUUCACUCAGGAAGCAAGUGAUAAAAGGAUAGAAUAGAAGGCUUCUGGAACCAAAAAAGCAACUGAUAAGUUAACUAAACAGGUUGUAGACCAAAAAAGAAAUUGAUUAAUAACACGCAUGCGCAGGCCAUUUAUUACAACCCCGAUCGGCGCUGCAGUAGGUAUGUCUCCAGUGCCCUUGUGAAUGAACUCUUAAGAUUUGAUAUUGGGAAGCAAAUUUGACCGUUUUUGAGGUUGAGACGCGGUAGAGCUUUCAACUAUCUCCUGGGCCCUGUACGCUUUUGUUUUGAACUAUGGACCUCCAUUUAUUCUCGCAUAAAAACGUUAGGAACUUGAUAGUCUUUUCAGAGUUUCCAUUCGCUUGAGCUGGUUUAUACAUUUUUAAAAUAAUAAUACAGUCGAACCUCCAUGUGCGAUCACCUCUUGUAAGCGACCACCUCCCAUAAGCGACCGCCAAUCCAAAACACCAAAAUUAUCCUAGUCAAUGCCUUACAGUAGGAGCUUCUCGUAGACGACCACCUCCUGUAAAGAACCACGACCGCUUUUUGGGCCUGACAGUCGACGAUUUUCCAUUGCUUUAAACCCCUUGUCAGCGACCACUUUACGCCUUCUCUGAUCUCUAUGUUUGCACCAUGCUACUUAGAAUAUAUGAAGAACUUUAGUGACAACAUGGAACUACACAUAUCGUAACGAGAUUGUAUGGAAUAAACUACCUUCAAUAAAGUAGAUCUGCCUGGACCUCUUUUCGGAAGAGGCCCUCUGUGAUUUUUCUUGUUUCAUUGAACUUACAUAGCUUUUUACCAUAGCUAUAUCUAAUAAAUCAGGGUUAAAGUCAGGAAGCUUAAAGUAUUCUGACAUAUUCAUCAAAUGAGAGUGGAAGAAAGAAAAGAAAGAAAAUGGGAAGGGAAGGCCGGGUUGCCCCGCUACAGUUUUAAUGGUUAUUUAGAAUUUGUUUUUUUAUCGACAGAAAAAAAAAACGAUGAGAAGCAACGACUUUAACGCGGAAACUAAAAUAAUAACUAUAAUCUAAUUAACAUUAGACGAUCAUUUAUCGUCUAAUUAACAUGAGACGAUUAUUAAUCGUCUAAUUAACAUUAGACGAUUACAAAUAGCUCUGAAGACCUCGUGCAGAACUCGUGUUUUGUAGAGCACAGAGAGUCCAAAGGUUCGAGAUUGAAACACUCUGCUGAUUUGGGGCUAUAUUGAUUUUAUAAUAUAUUUUUUAAACCUCUUUUCGUCUUAAAACAUGUCAGAAGACUUUACUAUACUCAAAACAAUUUUAUACUUGCUUUCCUCAAAAUGAAAAGCAGGAAUCGACAGCGAAUUGAUCGUCAUAACGGAGUCAUAAUGUGUGAAACAUAACGUCAUCGUUACAGGAUUUUGCGUGCGGCAGAUUGAUUUGAUUUGGAUUGUUGUACUCUCAGUGCUUCCUGAUUUGCUGUUUUUCGGGUAAAAAAUAUUGAAGCACUAACCGCCGUUUAAAGACCAUGACCGACAGCCCAUAUCACCGGCUUCGUGGGAGAAUAACACAACUUGAUCAUCCAUUCACAUCCGGACAGGAUAUCCACGCAUGAACAACUGAGAAACCUUACUCCUCGAAAAAGGAAACACAGUCAAAACAGAGGAAUAAGAUUUGACCUUAAUUCGGCAGUGUGUUAGUGGUGCAGCUUUGUCUGCACAAAUAAACGUGAUCUGAAUCGUAAAGUUUUGCGAACGUGUUACUUGUCAGAUACAACUUAAAUCAAUAGAGACAAUAUACACUCCGAUCAAAUGAAAGACGAAAUUCAUUUUCUUUUUUACUCCUCUCAGUCACGAAUAAGGGUUAAUGUUCAUGGUAAGAUAUAGUCUUGGAGCCCAAACAUAAACCAAUUAUCUGUUGACAAGUUGAUUCGAAUUCCAGGCCUGUUUUAAACGAUUUUUGUUCCCGAGAUAAUUAUUUGACCUGCGGCUAGAGGCAAACGGUUUCGAUUAUAUCCAAAUCUGUAUCAAGGAGCAGUUUGUAGCCACCGUAAUGUUCAUCUAUAUUUCUUCUAUUGAGUACAAAAGACCGAUGCUCGUAUACAGAAGACAGCAAUGUCCAUCAUCUGCCCCGGUGUUACCAUCGUGAGGCUCUUGUUUAAUAUAUUGAACUUUAAGGAAUCAGCAACGCACCAUGACGAAAUAUGAGCCACUUUUUCACACAAUUGCAAAUAACAACAAUCACCGCCUUUACAAGUUAUUACCUGCACCGCACGAAUCUACUUAUUCAUUAAGGCUGGCGCGACCUUUUAACAUGCCACGUUUUAAAACCGACCGUUUUAAGAAUAGCUUUAUUAUCUUUUCAUGUCUUAAACUAACUUAUUGGUUAGAGUUUUUGAAUUUCGUAUUUAAUCUUUUUUAGCAUCUCAUCUCUUGUUAGCUUUCUUAUUCCUUUCAAUUAAGAUAGAUUAGUUAAUGUUUUUGAUCUAUAAUUUAAUUUUUGUAACGUAAAUACGCAAUUCAGUUUUCGAACUGCUAUGUAUUUAUGAAUUAAUAAACUUCAAACUUCAAACUUCAAACAACCGAAAACGAAGGGUACACGAUCAAAAGGUGGUCUGCCUGUGGUUCAGAGGAAAGAAUGGGAGAAGAAUCUUGUUCCUCAGUUCAAACUCUGGACUUUUCUACAAGUCGACCUCUUGGCGAGUGGAGCGAGCCUUUUUUGGCCGCGAAGCGGCCGACCGCGAGCGACGAAGUCGCGAGUUGAAAUCCGACGAGGGACUUUUUUGAAAGUCUCUUCAACCUCAUCCUCAGAGUCUUCUCAAAAUUUAGGGCCUGUUUACAUGGAGGUGGGGGACCCCAGGUAGGUGAGGUAACCCGCUCAGGUGGGGUAACCCGCCUGUCCAUAUAAUCUCUCAUUUUCAUUUGAUCACGUUUACAUGAUAGGUGGGGUGACCCGCCAAGGCGGGUAGCCCGGUCUACCAGACCGGGUUACCCUCUCAGCCGGGGUCACAAUUUUUCAUGUAAACGUUUCAAGGUGGGGUAACCCGCCUGGCGGGGUCGGAUUCGUGAUACAUCAAAUUCGCGCAAAAUUCGCUUUCGCGGUGUCUUUGCAUUAUGAUUAAAGUUAACAAUAGAAAGCUAUUGCACUGACGGGUUGCAGCAAGAGCAACAAGUGAGUGAAGAAGUGCAUUAAUCGCCAAAACUCGUGGUUUGCCAGCAUUUUUCUUGUUUACGUUCUUAGCCACCAUUCAAUAAUCUUGAGAAAGUGCACCCCGGGAAGGCGGGGUUGUAAGAUUGCAUGUAAAGGAGGGUUAUUUUCUUACCUCACCUAAGCGGGUUACCUCACCUACCUGGGGUCCCCCACCUCCAUGUAAACAGGCCCUUAAAUACGAGAAGAAACCUAACGACGAGGAUGGUUCCACAUCAUUUAUUGUAAGACGAUGGGAUAUUGGAAUCUUUGGAGCCCGUUUAAUCGUAUCAAGAUGCAUUUCGUUCUGUGUCCAACCUCUCCCGGGUUGUCACUGUUGAAACACCUCAGAAAGUACGCUGGCUAGAAUCCGCGCCCUUUUAAGGUCUUCCGGUUCAAGUGAAAUAUUGAAAGAGGUAUUUUAAAGCAAGUAGUUAAGGAUUCCUGUACCAUGGAUUACACUAAAGGUGUAUUCAACGUAUAGCUUUCGCGUUUGCCCACUGGAAUAUAUAUAUAUUUUUUAUCAGAAACUGCUUUCAUAUUCGAACUUCUUGAUAUCUGCACCGAUCAUAUUUUACGACAGAACAGACAAUAAGGUUGGUCAAAUGAAAAAACUAAUCUUGCAUGACGAAUCAACAUGGAUUUUACCGUGAGGAACGUAGGUUCUAAUCAAAGUACGUAUGUUAAUGAGUUAUGAGUAUCUGUAUAUCAGUAAGCGUACUUCUGAGGCGUGUUAACCGGAGCGAAAGGGUUUUACAAAUACGCGGGGUAUUUGUCGAACGCACAACAAACUAAACACUUCUGGACCCUGUGGUAAAUCCUUUUCACUACUCAGUGGUUAGUGACCAUCUCAUUGCUGUUAAUUUGACGGAGAAGUCACCGGUAUGUAACAAAUUGGUAUAACCACAUGGCACACUGCAGGAUAGUAUUAUCUUUAGACCGGCAAAUCCAGCAUUUUGAGACUAAGCUAGGUAAUUUGGUCGCGUUUGAUGUCGACAGAAAACUUGUCCCACAAACUGACUUCCGUCCGAAUUACUUAGCAUUAAUGCGUUCAAGGGGCUAGGCGAAAUUGCCAAAAUGGGAAGAAAAAGCUGAAAGAGAGUUAACUUAUAACUUGUUUUAAUGUUGAUUUGAAGUCUUGGAGCCAAUAUCUUUCAACGGAUCUUAAGAUUACAACUUACCGGCCUCGUUCAGUUCACCAAAGAAGUUAAUAUUUAAAAUACUUGGGAUUUGACCGUACUAUUUUUAAACCAGUCGGCCUUCAAAGAUAUUGAUCUCGUGUUUGGCAAAACUCGCACGUUUGUUUAAUGUUUGUAAUGUAUGUACUGGAGGAUGCAAAAACAUGAUAAAUUACUCGCACCGGCGAAUUCAGUUACGAGGAGAUGAAACCUUCACCGAUUUGUGAAGCUGCCGAUUAGUUAAUGAUCUUCUUAAAACGAAAGACACUAAACUCUAAAUACAUGUAAACAUGCUUUGGCGAAUAGUCUGGAUGGUCAAUGUUGUUAUCAACUUCAUAAUUCAGUUAGUAACGUCUCGAUUUAAAGGUCAUUGUGGAAAUAUUAGGCCUGUCUUCAUUAAAAGUUCAGAGCUCGUCAACUGAAAAGAGAAAUGCUUUAAGAUAAUGUAUUAUCAGACGAUUGCGGAUGUCUAAAUAUCAUCUACGCGACGUUCUGUUACUAGAAUUAAACAUUCUUGUCAAGCCGUUAAGUCUAAUUUUGGACUAAAUGUUCGCAAGGUCAAGCAACGUGCAUCUGCCGCCGGUAUUAAAACUUACAUACUGACAGAACUGCGUGCAUAAUUCAGUAUCAGUAAUGAAUUGCACUGAGUGAAAUUGGUCGAUAAUAUUCGUACAUUUGGUGCUUUGCAAAUACAUUUGCAUUUUGAAUUUAUUCAAAUUUAAUCCAUUGCCUGCGGUACAAUUUAGCCCAGACACAAAACUUUCAGGAGCCAAAUGUUCCGGCUUAGGGAAAUGCAAAGGCUGGCGCGAGAUUUUGCAUUUCUGGCCGUCCUUUUUCUUUAGAAAUGUUUCAAAAGUUUGGCCUCAGACGUUUGCCCAUUAGAGUCGACUGCUUAAGCUUCUUUCAGUGCAGAGUGGGACUAAUCAUGCCCAAAACAAUUUAAAAAAGGAGCGGUAAAGUCAAAAUGCCUUUGUUUAAAUAAACCGGGCCUAUUGUGUUCAUUCAUUCACGUUAAGAAGUAGACUCGAUAUUGAAUCUUCAAUGAGUAUACAUUGGCAAACAAAAACCCAUCGAUAUAGACGCUUUUGCGGUUUGACUUUUUUCAAGGAAAAUACAAACUUAUCGGGCAUAGGGUAAGUCAAUAGUUAACAUUUUUUUUGCUCUGUACAAUGUUAUCUAGGAAAUGUGUGUAUAAUUUUUCUGCUUUUUAUUGCAUGAUGUUGUGUUUAAUUACUCCUCAUUAUAAAGACAGUGACCUGGAAUACAAGAUGGGCGUUGAAAUCAAGGAGCGAGAGACUUGGUCUUCAAAGAUGGAUUUCCUUCUCGCUUUGAUGGGUUUUUCCAUUGGCCUCGGUAACAUAUGGCGGUUUCCUUAUCUGUGUUUUAAAAAUGGUGGAGGUAAGUGCAGAAUUAUGGCCAUUUGAUGAAAAAAAAAAUUGACAUGUAGUUUUUGAAUUGUGGGAGUUGGGAGAAUGUCGAGGUCAAUGUUCCAGAAAUAGUAGUCGUUUUGUGACAGAAUGCACCGCAUAUUCUAAUUAAUAUUCUAUAUUUUAAUAAUUAUUAUUAUACAUUGUCCUCGUUAUCCGUCUUCUCAUUGGCUAAGAGUCUACAGCUAAUUUUACAAAUCAGCGCAACCUACAGAUUAGUUAGUUAUCUGCUAGCAGAUAACUGACUAAUCUGUAGGUUGUGCGCCCAAUGCAUGAUUUCCAAUAACUUAAAGACAAUGUAAAAUAAUAUCCUAAAUAAUCAAGGUUUCCGUAAGUGUUAUCAGCCUCGGCUUUCGGCUCGGCUGAUAACACUUACCUCGACCUUGAUUAGUCCGGAUAUCACAAAAACCUCAACCAAUAAUUGUUUAAAAACAAGCGAAAAAGCUAAAAGAAAGGUCAAAUAUAGUAACCAUUAUUUGUAUUAAGUACACCGAGCGUCAACAGCCAAGGGCACCCAACGAGAAUGUAGUUCAAAACCACUUAAAUAUAGCAUUGUUGAACGUAUUUUAUUAUUUAAACGGUAGAUAUAGGCAUAUUUUUUUCUCCUAAAAAUUUUUCUUCUGUUCGGAUUUCCUAGCUGAAAGUCUAGUGAUCAGAAAAUUCUAGGGAUCAAAACUUAACUUUUCGAAAAUUUCAGCCAGAAAAAAGGCUCCAGAAAAUUCUAGGUGACCUUUUUAGGUUCAAAAUCCGUUAAAAAUGGGCUAUUAUACCAUUUUUAGAUGUUCGAAAAUCCUAGGAGAGGCAGGCAAGCAAGAAAUUUUACAACAAAUGUUCCCAAAAAUUCUAGAUCUCAAAUCGUCUUCCGAACAGAUAUUUUCCAAAAAUUGACGUUGGGUGCCCCUGAAUAGCAAAUGUAAAUGCUUCACAUACGCUCCAGUUGGUUGGCUCGAAAGUGAAUGACAGAGCAGCCGUUUUAACGCGGAAGGAGCGUAACACCACACUUUGCUGGUUCGAUCACCAAGUGAUACAACAAAAUAACCAUUUGGUCCGCUGGCUAAUGAUUUGUGCGGUGUAUAAUAUAAUAACUGUUCAUCUCAGUGUCUGAGAAAGAGGUCGAUAUACUGGGGUCAUAUCUUUGCCUACAUUUCUUGCCUCAUUGCUUAUCAUUCUUGGAGCACGCUUUUAAAAUAAUUUCUGUUAAUACUGAAAGAACAUGGCUUAGAGAAUUUCGCUUUUAAAAAGUUGAAAUUUUAAUAUGAAUGUGUUCCUCAUUAGCGUUUUUUUCCAUUCAGAAACUUUAUACUUAAUGAUGGCGGAUAUUUUCCUUAUAUUGCAAAGCACAAAAUUGCUCAGGUUAAUCAGCUCUUUCAGCUUUUGAAUACAAUUCUGUCAUUCACGUGUACGGCGACGCCAUUUGAGAUGAGCAAGGAUUCCCCGACAUUAUAUAACCCUUUAUGGGGUUAGGUUCCUCUAUAUGUCAAUUAAAACGAACUGACUUACAGCUUAAAAAAAUGAAAAUUUUAGCCUAGUAAGUAAAGUAAAUUUUUUGCUCUAUAAAGAGAUUGAGUCUAUAAAGAGAUUGAGUUCAUAUAGUCAAUCAAAAAAGAGUCCACGAGUUUUAGGCCUCGUUUAAUCAGGUGAGCCAGUCCGGAACUAUAAUCAAUAAAAUGUUCGCUAGGUUUAAAAGAGGCAGACUGGCGCGCCGGCUGACUGAUCGCAGUCUCUUUUUCUGUAGUCCGUCGAGCAAAACGCGAGAUCUCCGUAAGUGGGUAUGCAACAAGCCAUCCCGUUCAACCGAGCUGGCUCACUACAUAUAAACAAGCUCUCAAAGAGCUAUUCUCAUGUUAUCUAUGCAAAGCUCUACUUUUCGCCAAAGAUCAUAGCGAUACAAGCCAGCCUUCACACUCUGUUGUCUCCCCUAAAACACCCUCAUUUUCAUUUAAGUUUCAAUGCAUUUAGCAAGAAAGUAGUAAGUGUGAGACACUACGUAAUUUAAAAUAUAACGUUUUCUUCUGAGGACGGGACUGCUAUUUUGUCAUUGGUCAUUCACAGCACACGAAGCACCCUGUGAGCAUAGUCUCCUUUUGUCUUGUUGAUCGAGGAGGAGAAAAAGAGCCUGAAUCGCGUCAAACCUAUGUCGCCAAAGUCCAAACUUCGUGACUAUUCAAUUUUGUUUUCUCUCAUCAAACCGAUUUUUUUUGUGAGUGCGAUCAUCUGAUUAUUGAUAAACCGAUGGUCAUAACCAAACCCGUUGUGGCAAGCGCACGGCUAUUAGGCCUAGGGUAGAAACUAUUUUGGAAAUCAGCGCAUGUUUAGAUAUGCUGUUACUCAAUUCAUGCAGUGUUUUUCUCGGUUAUCAUUAGAUCCCAUCGACCGUACCCCCCUUCAGACGCCUCAUGAAAUUUACACAACGUAGUUUGAUCUUUUACUUUUUAGGGUUAAGCACUGUUUCGAAACUGGUUAGGUUCUUUUUUCGGGGGUUGGGGUUGAUGGUAUAUAUACGUAAAUUAUUACCUCUCCAUCCAGCAAAUCCUCAGUGAACUAGUGGUUAGUGUGGUGCACUGGGUCAUCUUGGUCGUGGGUUCGAAUUCUACUGUCUUUCACACCAAUUUGUUUUCUUUCAAAUUGAAGAGAGUUGGACUUUCAUGAACGUUUCCACCUUGAAAUAUCAUCUAAGUGUGAUAUAAAAGCAGAAAACAGUUCUACCUUGUGUAAAUUUCGUAAGGGCAGAAAAUGGCUACAGCCGAUGGGAUCUAAUCCUGACCGUUUUUCUCGACUGGUACGCCAAAAACGAGAAACCGAAAGAAAGACUCUUCUUGCAGGGUGCAUACGAAGGCGCAGCCAUUCCCAAGGGCGCGGUACCUUCAAAGCAGAAAGAUACCUUCAUUUUUUCCGUUACACUAGGGAUCGAGCCAUUGACAUUCCGCUUUUCAGUCAGGGGCCUGUUUCUGGAAAAGCUGUUCUAUGUUUCCCGUGUUUGCACUCAAGAUCAAAGUUUCAAUUAUUUUGAAAUUGAUACUAUGAGACUAUCAGUUAAUGAAGCAAAGUUGACCGGUCUGUGAGCUGGGAACUGUUGUACUAUUAAACUGGUUUUCAUUUCAAACUUUGCCUUUGGUUAUCACGCCUUUCGAGAAACGGGCUCCCAGUGCUCUAAUCUCUGCCCUAACUAGUCUUUGAACUGUGCUAACUUGUGAGUAACUUCAUAUUUGCAGGUUGCUUUCUCAUUCCCUAUUUGAUUUGCUUGAUUGUGGCUGGUGUACCCGUUUUAGUGAUGGAGAUUGGCCUGGGUCAAUACAUGAGUCAAGGUGGAAUCACGGCUUGGAAAAUCUGUCCAAUUUUCCAGGGUGAGAACAAUGCAAAUUUAAUUUCGUGAACGAAAAGAUUUGCGCGGAUAACGAAAAGUAAAAAAUAUCUUGAGUUCUUUUUUUUUAACAAAGCAAGCCUAAAAUUAUUCCCUAGGAAGAAUUUCUCUUAAAUAUUUUUACAAAUAUUGGCUAACCGAGCCUUUAAUGGCUUGUUCACAUGCCAGGCACUUCAAUGUAGGGCUAGCUGUCCUCUAAUGUCACCUGGAUGGAUCAGAUUGACUAUGCUUAGACAAGAACAAUUCAGUAGUAGUGGUUUUUAAACAGAAUUGCAAAUUCGUCUUUACUUUUUUGUGUGCCUCCUUUUCUAAAUUUUUUUUUUUAUCUUGUCGACAUUGGUUGGAGGAACAAGGAAGAUGCUGUGCUCUUAAACAAUUUAAACUUUCUAUAAAACAAGCUGCUAAAAUUAUAUUAAUACCGUCCUUUCCUUUCAACCCGGCUACCGAUGAGCUCGAAGCUUUAGACUGUCUUUACUAGUCCAGCACAAGGUCUACUGCUACCGUUAUGAGAUCUCUGCCCACGGUACCAAUCACAAUCAGUUAAAAGAUUUUUAAUCAAAUUUAGCUUUUGGGUUUAACAAUUUUUUGAUAGCUUUUUAUUGUUUGUUUUGUCCUUUUUUUAUUGUUAAUAUUUAAAGCCGUGACUGUAAAAAAAAUUUAAUUGUUAUUUGUUACCAUCGUUGAUUCUGUCUUAUUUUAAAUUGUAAGAUUUUCCAGGACCUCUUUGAAAAUCACAUUAACGAAUGAGCCUCUUGGUUAAACAUUAAUUAACAUUAAUGAAUUAUUAUUAUUAUUAUUAUAAUUAUUAUGAUUUUUAUUACCAUUAGGAACACAUUUAUAUAGUUAUUAGAGUUUGGUACCGACAUACCCGCACAUGUUACCGUAGUUAUACCCUUAACAAACGCACUAGUUAACCAUACUAUAUGCUACUUUUUGAUUUUUGAAUUGUUAUAGUUAUAUCAACAAAUUACAAAUAUCGAUUAAUGUCGCAAUCGUUUCAUAGAUUCAAAAAUUAAACACGUCAAGAUAACUUACUAAUUAUAAAGUUUUUUUUUUCUCAUAUCAGGAAUCGGCUAUGCCGGUAUACUUGUGAUGCAGUACAUCAACAUUUACUACACUGUGAUUCUUGGCUGGGCUUUAUUUUACAUGUUUGCUUCAUUCCAGUCGACUCUUCCAUGGUCUCGAUGUGGUAAUGAGUGGAACACGCCAAACUGUGUGGAUUACACUAGUGAAAGUCAACCCGCAACUGAAGUAAAUGAUACCAUUAAGAACCUCACCAUUCUUGCCAACCAAACGAUUGCAAAUGUCUCAAAAACAAUAUCAGCAAGCCAGGAAUACUGGGAGUAAGCGAAGUCAAUUAUUAAACUGUUUGUAAUGACAAAGUAUGGCUGGUGCUACAUGUAUAUAAAGUUUGUAGUAUUAGGAGUCAAACAUUUCUUUCUCGAUAGAUGCCUCUCAAGUUCUUGUCAUGUUGUUGACCCCGUUUUGAGUACUUCUGAUUAACGUUCGCGUUUCAGCAGACCAGUUGUGACAGGGAAAAACUGCAAUUAACAGUAUUUAAUUUAUUUAUUGUGAUUUGUUUUACCUGACCAAGAAAGCUGUCAUUCAGGUUGUCUCUCUCCGGAAAGUCGAUUUCCGAACCUGCUCCCAGAGGCUUGUUAGCUGCGCCGGUAUCGCAGAGGUCAAAGGUUCGAAUCCUGUACAAGCGUGAAUCCUUCGAGGUUUUUUUUUUCGGAAGUGCAAAAAUUAUUUUAAAUCUCUCCUUUCUCUCAGGAACAGAGUGUUACGCGUUUCUAAUGGUUUAGACGAACCAGGACCAGUGAACUGGGAUCUAGCCUUAUGCCUGUUGUUGGCCUGGAUUAUUUGCUAUCUAUGCGUUUGUAAAGGGGUCAAGUCAAGCGGAAAGGUGAGCAAGCAGCAGUCACAAGGCUGCAAACUUGCUGCUCGGUGGAUGGAAUAAGGAUGUAAUGCGGGACCCCUCUAUGGUUUUCAUUUCAACGCAACAUUACUGAUGUUUCAACAUACCGUUUCUGCAAGUGCAUUCUCCUGUUUUGAUAGGGUAGUUUUCAUUCCAAGCUUAGAACUAAGAGUUAGAAAUUUCUUCCACUGAACUAAAGUACUUAGACUUUCAAAAAUGUCCUUCGUCGGAUUUCGCUCGCGGUCGGCCGCUUUGCGGCCAAAAAAUGCUCGCUCCGCUCGCCAAGAGGUCGACUUGUAGCAACUCUAUAAAGUACCAUGUUUCUAUGUUUGUCAAUGUUUUUAAAAACGUGGUCAUAUUUGCGAACCGCUGACUUCAAACCGCGGGUAGUCCUACUGAGGGGGUGCGGGAGGCACAAGGUUGAAUUUGCACGUUUUUAAAUAACGUCUAUAAAAUUAAAGAACUGAAAUUUUCUUAUAAAGAUACAUGACAAGGCUUAAACAGUAAUAUAGGACUUUGGAAUUCUCAUAAGUUGCUAACAAUUUAUUGAAGUUGCCAGAAAGUUGCUCCAAAUAGCAAAAGUUGCCAAAAAGUUGCUGAGCAACCUCUGACUGAGGCCGACUCCAGCACUUUAAGACUCUUGAGGUUGGCCUUGCCUUCGCCUUUUUUUCUCGUAGACAAGAAUCUCACUAUUACUUAAUGACCACGUUCUGUUUUGCAGGUUGUGUACUUCACUGCAACAGCUCCAUAUGUUUUACUGACAAUAAUCUUGAUCCGAGGCGUUACCCUGCCAGGAGCUGGUGAGGGAAUAAAGUUUUAUCUCACGCCUGACCUUUCAAGGCUUAAGGAUGGCCAGGUAACUACCUUCAGUGUUAUUGGUUUGAACCGAUUGAAUGAGCAUUUCAUUUUCUUCAAUGUGAUAAUUGGCAUCUUGGGGCUCCAGAAUAGACCUUUUUAGCUUGGAUGUUUUGUUUUCCCAUUUCAGACCAUGUGAUGGUAUCCCAGAGAACUGUUUCUUUCAAAUGUCGUCAUAUGCACGUGCGUCCACGUGCAUAUGUAUGCGUAAUCAAUGAAAAGACAAAAAGGAAAAUUCCCUGGAGAACACCACGUGGUCUGAAUUGGGAAAACAAAACAUACAAGUUAAAAAGGUCUAUUAUAGCUAUGAACUAUGAAUUUUAGAAAAAAUCGGAGUUAGCCAUCGUAAGUUGAAAGAUGUCGGCGAGAUCCCUUAUAUGUAAUGAGAGGGCGUUACCAUGCAUCCUUUUAGACAAGAAAGAGAAACUCAAAUUCUCUACUUAUGUAUAAGCCAUAAAACGUGUUUUGGGACACCUAUCGCUAUGAUGGUACUAAAAUGGGAAAGACUAAGAAUGCUGCUUGUUCGCUUCCCUGUUACCCCCAAUCGCCAAUCUUAGCCUUUUAUAGACGACUUUUCUACUAGGUUUCUCUCAAUGCUUUCCUUUUAAGUGAGACUCGCCAGUUUGACGAAUAUAGCACUUUUGUAACCCGCUUACUUGUCAGGUCUGGAUUGAUGCUGGUACACAAGUAUUUUUCUCGUAUUCCAUUGGAAUGGGAAGCAUGACAGCAUUAGGAAGCUACAACAAGUUCAAGAACAACUUCUACAGGUACACGAGCAGUUCGUAACAAUAAGGCAUACGCACGAGUACUACUGUUACUUUUUUCGAGAAUUUUAAAUACCCCACGUUCAAUAUAUUAAAGUUCUAACGACUCCGAGGUUUUCUGGUCAUUAUUCUCUAUAUAUUUGGUUUCUUUGUGCUCCAGUCUCUUCUGGGAAUUGUGAGACAAUGGAGUCGAGACAAAGUAGUCAACUCCAUUCUGUUUCACUCCUUUUACGGGUUACGAUGAGUUCAAAAAAAUUGGCCUGCUCCCAAUGUAUGGGUCUUCAUAGCUCAGUUGGUAGAGCACUGCAGCGCUAACGCAGAGGCCAAGGGUUUGAAUCCCUCUGAAGUCCCGAAAAAAAAAAUCGGAUUAAAUUGCUUAAAUUGCAGUUACCACUGCGGCGAUCUUAUCUUCAUUUAAAUAUUACCUUUUUGUUGCUUGAGUGAAGGAUGCUGUCAGGACGGCAAAACCUUCACUGAAUCUAAACAACCGUGUUUCGCCGGCGCUGUACCAUAGGGGAAGAUCAAAGAAAAACAGACUUGUUGACGUAGGGCCUGCUGUUUACAUGGAGGUGGCGGACCUCAGAUAGGUGAGGUAACAUGUGGUGGGUCACCCCACCUAUCAUGUAAACGUGAUCAAAUCAAAAUGAGAGAUUAUAUGGACAGGUGGGUUACCCCACCUAAGCGGGUUACCUCACCUACCUGAGGUCCACAACCUCCAUGUCAAACAAGCCCUCAGAGGUCCUUAUCGGGGAAUUCUAGUUGAAAUCAUUGUUUUUCGUUUAUUUCCGCCCGUUUCCUUUAAUAUCUGGCCAAGAUUUCAUUUAAUCAAAAAAUGACGCCAUUAAGUUAAAAUGUUGGAAAAUUAAAAGAUAUUGGAGUUUGGGGUUGUUAAAAAUUAAAAUAUGAUGUGAAUAAAUAGUAGACCAAUAUCAGAUAGUCCACCACCACAACAAACCGCCUCCAAGCCCAUUAGCGGACUAACAGGUUUAUGUGUACAGCGUUCCUACCCUCAUUUAAUUCCUUUCCAAAUCAACAUCAUUUCCGACAAAAAACAACGAUUAGGCCCCCUUAAGGUUUGUUGCUUCUUACAAGAGGACUAUGCUACGGGGAAAUGGUAUUGCAGUAGGGUACUCCUCAGUUGGCUUUUGACACUCUAAAGACUGUGUUUUACUCUUGUGUAGGGAUUCCAUAAUCUUUGCGGUUUUCAAUAGCGGAACAAGUUUCUAUGGAGGCUUUCUGAUCUUCUCUGUGUUGGGGUUUAUGGCCAAUAAGCAAGGAGUAGAUAUAGAAGACGUUGCCAAAUCAGGUGAGAAACUGUUUCAAGGUGAACGAAGUUAAACGGCUUCAAUGACAGUUCCAUGUCUUUCUUCCCCUCUAUAGGUCCAGGCCUUGCUUUUAUAGUUUAUCCUGAAGCAGUUGCCCAGAUGCCAUUAGCUCCACUGUGGUCCGUGCUGUUUUUCUUCACGUUGCUGUUGCUUGGUAUGGAUAGCGAGGUAAAUGACUCUACAAAGCCGGUUUUAGCUCUAUUAAAGUACAUGAUUUUUCUAACGGCUUUGUAUGUAUUUAUUUGAGGGACCCCUGUUAAAACCCCGCUAUAAUGAGACUGGGACUUAUUGAACUACUAUCUGGAAGAGGUUUUGAAAAACACCGAAAAGUUACUUGAUCGCGCAACAUCUAUAAGUGGGAAGUUUUAAAAUUUUAGUCCUUGCAACGAUGAUCACGUCGUUGAACGAUGAUUUUUUAACAAAAUCCGUCGGCCUUGUCUCCUUCAUACUUCUUUUAUUGCUCAAAACGAAGGGGACCUAAAGACCCAACAGUGCCUUUCGAAAAGAGUAGUGAAUUCUCUCCGGUGGUGUGAUCUAACUUGCACAUAUCAUUCAUAUCAUGGGCUGGGUUGGGUGCCCUUGGCACCCGAGAUUAAGAAUGUCAACAUAUAGUGCUAAGAGGACGCGCCUGUUUUCCUCUAAUCUAUGUCGUUUCUUUUCGUUUAUUAGAAAUACCUAUUAACGUCUCACUUUUUCAGUUUGUUGCGAUAGAGGGCGUGGUGACAGCCGUUGUUGACUUGUUUCCUCGCUUCUUAAGACGCGGUUACCGCAAGGAACUCUUCACUGCUUUUGUAUGCGUAAUCUGGUUCCUUAUUGGUCUCUCCAUGGUUACUGAGGUAAUUAUUUUGACUUAUAGCGAUAGUCUCCUUCGUCAAAUAUUAACCUCUACAGUUUUAGAUCAAUGUGGAGAAGCGGGUUACCAGCAAAACUUUGUAAAAAAAAAUUAAAAAAUUUGUAAAUUGCUUUUCUACCCACGAAGCACAUAGGAGUUCUUAUGAACUCGUUUACACGUGUCCGUGCGUUCCAGAUCGAAUUGAAAUUUGGAAGUGUUGGUGUUUGAGGAGAGGGAAGAUCUUAUCUACUAAAGAUCGAUCCUAUCAGCCUUCGUGUUAUGAAGUCCAUCGCUAUAAAAGAGCGUUUUCACUUACAUGGCCAGCACCUAUGCUAAUUUAGUGGGUAAACGCAUCGGUUACGUUUACAAUAUUAAAAUUUAUGCAUUAAAUUAGUCCUUGUUUUGAUUUUGUAUAGAUAUUAAAUGGCCAAACAUGCUGAAUUAUUUUUAUCAGGGUGGAAUGUACGUGUUCCAGUUAUUUGACGCAUACUCAGGAAGUGGUUCAGUUCUUUUAUUGGUGGUAACCUGUGAAUGUUUAGCCAUUGGAUGGGUUUAUGGUAAAGUGAAUGGCUCAAUUUAAGUUUCUGGGAAACUGCCCACCUACCCCUCCCCUAAGCUAGCAUUAACACUCAUUUCUUACUUAAGGCAAAAUGAUGGCUUAGGGGAGAGGUAGGUGGGCAGUUUCCCAGAAACCUAAAUUGGUCCUGUUCAACCAUCUCAGUACUAAAAUAUUUAUUUCAAAUAGAAAUCAACAAAACAGAGAGACAAAAGGGCUGCAAAACAUAUCCUUUUUUCAUCCUUGAAAAAAAUGAAAGUCCAGCAACGUUCGGUUGUGGUGGUAUUAAUCUUGCUAAAUUCAAAUGAAAAUCAGUUACCUAUUUAUAUAUUUCUUUCAUUUUCUACUUGGUGAUCUGACAAAACCGUAGCUAGUACAAAUCAGGUUAUUCACAAGCAAAACCUUCUAGACAGGUUUCUUUUCUCAGUUUUUGUACGAAGCGGAAUAGCCAGCAUUACAGUGCGACUGCUCGAACCAGGACACUUGGAAGAAGAUUAUCCAAUCAAAAUUUUUUAAUGAAAACAAAAGAUUCUGAAGGUGUUUUACAAACGAACCAAAAACAUAAAUUUGAAGCCUGUUUCCUGAGAGGUCAGGUACUUUCAAACGAGUUGAACCUUGAAUUUUACUGGUCCUUGAGAAUCUUGAGAAUCUUUCUUUUGUUUUCAAAAGGCGUUGUGAUUGGGUAAUCUUCAUCUAAUUGCCUCGGUUCAAGUUGUCACACUGUGUCUGUGUGGGUAGCAGGGAAGGUAAUAUUUUAUUGAAAAAAUUCACAAGGAAAACCCAUCACACAAGGAAAACCCAUCCAAGCAACUUAUUACAUCACGGCUUAGUUUAAGUUCUCACCAGAGUCAAAUACUUAAUACGUUUGUCCAAUUUUUUAAUGAAAUACUGUUGCUUUAAUGCUUUUUACUUGAAGUUGCAUUAUCUUAACCGGAUUUAACGGAAAAUGGCAUGAACUUGCCACUGAAAGUUGAGUGAAUGAUAUUCAUUAUUGUGUUUUGUUUAAUUCUUAUAAUUAACAGGCCGACGCCGUUUCUAUGACAACUUUGAAAGCAUGCUUGGAUUUCGUAUCAAUCCCUGGAUUGGCUGGUGUUGGUGUUUUCUGGCACCGAUAUUUUGCAUGGUAAGAGUGCGAUCCCCAUGCAAAAUUAAACGUAUGCCGUGUGCCUGUAUAAACAUAACAUCCAACUAGUUGACUUCCUAAUGGGGAAGACGGAUUACGUAAUUUACGACACUCUUCGCUAAAUAAGCUUAUCAGUUGCCUGGAAACCAAUAAUGCGAUGACGUCAAGGCGGAUACCAACCAAACUCGAUAGAGUUUUAGCAAAGAGACGAUAACGCUUUCCCUACAAUCCUUGUGGGAGUCACACGCUGUGCACGUACGAGUUUCGCGCUCGACGAGAUUAGAGGCUUCGAGCCUUGCUCCGCUCAUUAUUAUUAUUAUUAUUACUAGCAUUAUAAAAAGGUCGCCACUUUAUUCUACCAUUUUUUAUACUUAGCAAUAGUGGGGACUUUUCGUGAUGAUGAGGAAAACAUUGUUGGUUCUUUUGUGUGUUUUGGCAUGGUUAUUGUUCAGAGUCUUUCCAGUCUUUUGCAUUCUGAGCUCAUUUGAUGAUCGCAUGCAGGUCCGCAAUACCAAGAAACAAACCAAAAUAGCCCUAAUCAUUCCCAAAUCGGAGAAAAUACUGAUUUAAAUCGAUCUCGAGUGGAAAUAUCAAUAAAACUGAAAAAAUAAUUUAUUUAAUUAAUAUAAUUAAGAGAAGAGUGUUGCGUAGUUGAGAAUAAAUACUAUCUGUGCUCAAUUUCUUUUUUAUUACCUCGUAGUUCAUCUUCCUCUUCAACCUUGUGACCUAUUCUCCACUUUCGUACGGAAGCUACAAGUAUCCAGGCUGGGGACAGGCGAUUGGAUGGAUUCUCACUGCGUCUUCGUUGUCCUUAAUUCCAGCUGUCCUCAUAUACAAACUCCUGAAUACCACUGGAACUAUCAGGGAGGUAACAACAGAUAUUUAUAUUUGUUAUUCAGUUGUCAAACUUGGUCCUUUGUAAGAAAUUCUGGAAUCUCUUGGGGCCGACUGGAGUGUGUCAAUGGCUUUUAUUUUCAUAUGAACUCGGUUUCAUUUGUUGUUUGAGCAGGGGGAAUAUAUGACAUAAUAAUCCACAAAUACAUGUAGACUGUCUGAAAAGCUUUGAUUGUUUGAAGGGAAGCGCUGGGCUAACGAAGUAGCAAGUCAUAUCAUUAGUGGCAUAUUAAUUUUUUGUUCAUAUGAUUAACUUUUUAUUCAAGUCCUUUUAAACGCGAAGCUAUAAGUCAGGUUUAAUUGUUGUGAAUUCGAACAAUAUUCGUUCGUUCGUCCUGUUUUCGAAGGCAAACUUGUUAUUGACUAGAGAGGAAUAUUCAUAAUUGCCAGAAUACGUUUUUUAAAACUGCAAACCUGUAUGCUGCUGUUAUUUCUUGGUAAAAUAUUGGGCUCUUUCAGCCAGUUACCCUAGACACACUCCAGGACCUGUUGACUUCUUUGAAUUUUGCAGUGUACUUAUAGCCUCGAUACCUCACCCAGAUUCUUUUAGGCAAAUAAAUCGGUCAAACAAUCUUCUUUGUGCAAACUGAAAUUGCAGUUGGUGGCUCCCUUCUCUUGAUAACUAAUAGAAUGUAAUGGUUAUGAAGCCUGUGAGACUAUUUUGUUAUUUGUUUUUGUGGACUUGACGGUGCAUAACGUUCAACAGUAUUCCUAUUAUUUUUGUCUUAUUGACCAAUAAAACCUAGAAUUAAUUUUGAUAUUCAGUCACAAUUUUUGAACUGAAAACAAAGAACUGCGUUCGGUCAGGUAGCUCCCUAGAUGAAUUGCAGCAACUUUCUUAUUCACAUUGAUGCUCAACGCCUUUCAUAACCGGUCUCUUCUACUAACUUUGCCCUCUUCGCCCUCUUCAACUGCCUGAAUAAAACGUAAUACUUUUCUGAGGGAUUUCACGAGGGGUCCAAAAAUACAGUACCUCAUCACCUGUUUUUUUGCUUUUCAACAUUCUAUGCUGACAUUAGCGGCGUUUACAAGGCUACAAGCUUUUAAAGUAAUUAUCCAAGGAAGACGGGAAGCAAUUUCUUUUGUUAUGGUGCAACACGCUUUCCUACAGGAAUAUUUUCAUUUCUUACACAGAAAAUGCAUAAACCUACAAAAAGGCAGGUUAAGAAAUAAAAUGUAUUUUGACUCCAUUUUAAAGGGCGUUUUUUGUGUUUAAUUUGGACCAAUUGUAAGAGUUGCAAACAACAGCCAAGGAUAGUUCACAAUUUUUCUAGUUCCUCACAUAGGAUUUCUGUGUUACUUAGACUCAGACGAAAUUUUGUUAUAAGGAAGUUGGUUAGAAAACAAGGAAUUAGUAUACAUGCUGAUUUCGCCGGUAAAAAUUAAUGCCUGAACAAAUCAGAAGCGCAGUGGAGAAAACUGUCAAGUUGGUACCUUGAAUUUCGUUCUUUCCUCCUCAUCUGGACAAUCACUUAAUCAUCUCAUUUUCUAACGCUGCGUUUCAAAUUGGUGUUUUGUAGUCAUGCAUAAAACAACAACGUCAAGUGAUUCUGAAUCACUGCAUCUUCUUACACAUUACAGAAAGCAGAACUGAACCUUCCAUUAGCAAGUGGGUUUAUUUGCCGUAACGGUUAGAUUAAUAACACUGUUAAAUUCAUAAGAUAAUAACUGAGGGGAAAAGAAGUUAUUAACCUAUGAAAAUUAUGCGUUAUUUCCCAUGAAAAACUUCAAUUAGCCAAUCACCUUCAAGAAUUUGACACAAAGAACGAAUUCAUCAUAAUUAUUAAUUACACGCUUUUGUGUUGCAGCGCGUGAGAAAGUUGAUAACCCCCGAUAUUGAUGAGAAAAGAGGCGAGGAAGUUCAACUGAAUGGCGAAAUAGAAGAGAAGGCAUCGAAUGACAAUGUUAAACUUUUCACGAGUUUGUAGGCCGAUCAAAAUUUUAAAAGCCGCUAACACAGUGGGCCAGUUUGUUUUAACCUUCACCGUAGAAAGAUAAGAAGACACAUGAGUGAACACUAAUGACUUGUGUAUUCCAGGUUUGGAGUGUAAAAACACGCACGAUUAUCUAGGGAGUGAAUUUCUCGUGUCUUGUAUCAAAAUAUUUCAUUCUUUUAAACGUAAGUUAAAUGAUAAUGUUAGUGGU